AGGGUCUACAUGCAUGGUCAUCUGGAAGGCAACACCAGGGCAGAUCGAAGACCAGAUGAGGAAGUCAUGCACCUACUCUGAUGGGUCUCUGAAUUCUUCAACAUUACUCGCUGAAGGGACAACAGAAAUCUGCUGCACGGUACAAUAGCCUGGGAUGACAUCAUCACAUAUUUCAGCGCAGGACUUGGACCUCCACGACCAGCCGGACCUGCGUGGUAAACCACAAAUGAAAACCAAAGGUGGAGACCUUACCAGAUGUGCGUAAAAUAAGGUAAAAUGACAAGUCAAAGUCUGUCAGACGCCUUGGCUGAGAUGGCAGAAGGCAAGUGUGAAAAGGAGGCUGGAUGGUGUUACUGUCUGGCAGUCUGGUGUCCGCACAGACUGCAGUCUUGUCUACUGGUGGCUGUGGAGGAUUCAUUGAGCAGCACAUUCAGCCCACUACAUAUCCGGUAACAGAUCACCAUAACUGCUCUCCAGUUUCAACAAUGGAGUUGAUGAAAAAGAAAACAAGAAUUUGGACUGAUUCAACACGGACUGAUCCAAAAGCUUUGCACACCUGCCCGCACUGCUAGAGCGGUGUCUCCUUUCAACGAUGAGGCAACGUCCGACCAAUGACUGUCGCUGGGAACGGUUAGGGAGCGUGGUGGGAACUCUCCUCCCCUCUCCAUUCCCUCUACCUGGGAACCGGCGCAGCCUCAGGGCGGAGCCAUCUAUCCUGAAUGAACACCAAACAAAAACUGUCACCUGACAGGUGCUCAUUCAGGAUGCCAGACGCGCAGUCGUUCUGCUUUGUUAAGGAAUGAGAGGUCAAAGUGCACUCGUCUGAUGAGUGACACACCAGCUGAGGAGGCGACAGCACAGGAGCCGGUGUACUUCACCCAAUGAGAACGGAGACUGACAGCUCAAUUUGAACCAGUAUUCUGCGGCGGAAUGUGGAGGAGAAGUGCAUCUCCUCGAUCCAUGAUUCUGAGGAGGGAGUGACAGAGGAUGAAGACUGGUUUGCUUCCUGAAUCAGCUACAGAUGCUGCAUCACAGGAAAUUAGAGGACCUAAGCGUGGACGAGUUCCUGUUGUCGGGCUUUGACUCGGCUGGGGAAGAAGAAUUUUCAGAUGGCUCAGACAACGACACUCCUCAAACUAAUGCAGUCAAGAAAAAGAAAAAGAAUUCUGACACACCGACUACUGACAUGAUCGAUGGAAAAAAUACAGGAAAGGCAUCGCAGCACAAGCAGCAACUAUCGAGAUUAAAGAAUAAGGAUCCGGAAUUCUAUAAGUUUCUGCAAGAGAACGACCAAACAUUGCUGAAUUUCGAUGACACAGACAGCUCAGAAGAUGAGGAUGAGAGAAAGUACCACAGGUUGCCGUCGAAGCUGGAGGAUGCCAGCUCAGAUGACGAAGAGCAGCAGGUGUCCUCAAAAAAAUCAUUCGAAGCAAUUAAAGUGACAGAUAAAAUGAUUGAGGAGUGGAAAUCUGGUCUGAAGAAGGAACCCACAGCCCGACUGUUUAGAGAAGUCACCCAGGCCUUUAAAGCUGCUGUUGCCACAACGAUGGGUGAAGGAGCAAGUCAGUGUCGGUACAAAGUAUCCGACAGUUCUGUGUUCAACGCGUUGAUUCUCUUCUGCCUCAAGGACAUCCACAAGACCAUGCAGAGGAUGCUCAACCUCAAGCCACAUAAUGACCCCAAAAAACUCGUGCUUCCAUCGUCCAGUCAGAGAUGGCAGAAGAAUCAGACAGACAUAAAGAUGUAUCUUAGUGGUGUUGUCCAGCUGUUGUCCUGCCUCACUGAGUCCACCGUCAUUAGCGCCGUUUUGCGUCAUGCCAACCAGCUGGUGCCAUACUUUCUUUGUCAACCCAAACAGUGCAGACAUCUGAUCAAACAACUCCUGAAGCAGUGGAGCACUGGAGAGGAGACAAGUCGAGUUCUGGCCUUUUUGGCUCUCAUCAAAAUCUGCAGACACAAGCAGGACACUUAUCUGAGUCCUAUUCUCAAGCAAAUGUAUGUGUCCUAUGUACAAAACUGCAAGUUCACAUCUCCAAAUGCGCUACCCAUGAUCAACUUCAUGCAGCGAACCCUCACAGAGGUUUACUCGCUAGACACGCAGGCCUCCUACCAGCAGGCGUUCAUCUACAUUCGCCAGCUGGCCAUCCAUCUCAGGAACGCCAUGACCAUGAAGAAAAAGGAAACCUACCAGUCUGUCUACAACUGGCAGUUCAUCCACUGUCUCUACCUGUGGUGUCGUGUGUUGAGCACUCUCCACCCCAGCGAUGUCCUGCAGCCUCUUAUCUAUCCUCUCUGCCAGGUCAUCCUCGGCACCAUCAAACUGGUGCCCACAGCCAGGUACUACCCUUUGAGGAUGCACUGCUGCAGAGCGCUCACCAUGCUUUCCAGCAGCACAAACACAUUUGUGCCUGUUCUGCCCUUCCUUCUUGAGAUCUUCCAGCAAGUGAAUUUUAAUAAGAAACCUGGACGGAUGAGCAAGAAACCCAUCAACUUCGCCGUCAUUCUGAAGCUCAACAACGUCAAUCUGGUGGAGAAAGCGUACAAGGACGGACUGAUGGACCAGCUGUAUGAUCUGAUCCUCGAGUAUUUCCACACUCAGGCAAACUCCAUUGGCUUCCCUGAGCUUGCCCUGCCUGCAGUCAUACAGCUGAAGUCGUUCCUGAAAGAAUGCAAAGUGGCCAAUUACUGCAAGCCGAUGCGGCAGCUGCUGGAGAAGGUUCAGGAGAAUAGCAGCUACAUCACAACGCAGAGACAGAAUGCUGCCUUCGGAGUGGCCGACGCCGCUGCCGUGGCUGCCUGGGAGAAGCGGGUCCAGGGCGAGGGAACUCCUCUGAGCCGAUACUACACCCAGUGGAAGAAGCUGAGGGAGAAGGAGAUCCAGCUGGAGAUCUCUGGCAAAGAGAGGAUGGAAGAUAUGAACUUCCCAGAGAUCAAACGCAAAAAGCUCCAGGAGAAGAAGGCAGAGGACAAGAAGGAGUUCAAGGGUCUGUUUGAGUCAGACAGCGACUCUGACGAGGAGGACACGGGCCUCACCAUCAAAGGUAACAAAGCCAUCGCUGACUCGGAGGAGGAGGAUGAUGAAGACGACGUGUCUGACGAGGAAGGUGACGACGACGAUGAUGAUGAAGAGGAGGAGGAGGCCUCCAAGGCUCCUCAGCCAAUAUCCUCAUCAGCUCUGAUGGAGCUGGCGGACGGAGACGAGGACGUGGUGGAGGACCUGGAGCUGUCUGACGACGACUGAACUGAACUUUUAGACUUGAUGAGGAAUCUCAUCUUCCAUCCUUCUUUUUGCCUCAACUGCUUUCCUGUCUGGGUGUCGACACAGUGGUUCACAAAUGUUUGAGUUGAAGUGAGCCGACCAAACGAUUCUGGACUCACUGGGAGAGUCCAGUCCGAGCAACCUGAAUUAGCACCAUGUUUCAUAUUUCUUCUGAAAGUUAAUGAACUGCCCGUGUUAGCUUCAUUCAUGUGGUCCAAAUUAAAUCACUCUCUAGAGUAUUUGGUCUGUUUUUCCCAAAAACCCACUGUCAGAGUCAUGAUUUCAUCGUCGGUAUUCUUGUCCCGUCGCACUUCUCUCUGUAAGAUGACAUUCAGUUUGAGGCCCUCACGAAAGAUCAUGUGACCGGUGAGGUAAGUGUUGCUGUCUCAUCCCAGUAUUUCUGUCAGUCUCUCUGUCACUGACACGAUUUGCUCGCCAGGUGCUGGAGAGGCUGCAGCCAGAGGAGCCACGGUGAGACGCUGUAUGUUUCCUGUCAAACAACCUGUCCUCCAUCUUCCUGUCCUCUCUCUCUCUCUCUCUCUCUCCACAGAUGCAGAGUCAGCAGGAGCCAACCUGCAGAGUAGUCGACACAAUCUUGGGACGCAGCGCAGCAGUGAAACACGGCUGGAUUCCACACGUCCGCUCAUCUUUGGUAUCGGGACAGUGGAAUGCAUAGUUGCAGAGACGAGUUCCAGACGGCGAGUCCUCCAUCUCCUCAGGAAUCUCUCUUUGGCUGUAGCGACGACAGAGGAACUCGCGUCCUGAUCUGCUUUGUGUUCCAGAGUGGCUGCUCCAGUCCUACGAGGGGGUCUUGGACUCGUACUGGCUCAGAACUGUCGAGCCGUUUUCUGGUUUGGGCGAGGAGUCACUGCUGCUGGCGGACUCCGGUCUGUGCAGCUGCAUGGCGUCGUGUUCCGGAGGCCGCAAGGCAGAAGGUGGGAAGGGGAACGCCAGCGGGAACCCGGUCAUGUAGAAGAGCCUUCCGACCCGGCGCGCCACCUGCAGAGGAGAGGCCGGGCCCAGCUUCAGUCCCAUGGUGGUCAACAGGUGCUCCUCAGUGAGCAGCAGUAAAGUCUCCCCGUCGAUGGCCUGAUCCCGAAACACCUAACGGAGACACAGCCGCUUCAGCCUCAACACACGCACACGCUGCCCCAUGACGGGGGAGGAGCCUGAGGUGGGAGCGUCGGCGAGCCUCACCUGGGUGUACUCUGCGCAUCCUGCCAGGCUGCUGAUGAAGCCACACACGUCCUCGACGCUCCACUUGCUGAUGUCGUCUGCUGAGCCGUCGCCGUCCAUCAACACGCCCCCCACUGAGCCUGCGGGGACACACGUGGGCACAUCAGUCCAGCCGCGGCUCUACACGGACAGGUGUCCAGGUGGGGACUGCAUGAUGGCAGCUGUGGGAGGGAGGAGCAGCUGACCGGUCUCAUCUCUGUUGGAUGCAGCUUGGU